AUUAAGAAUACAAUGAUCAGAAAUGGGUAAAAAACACCUGCAGCAUCUUCACAACUAAAUUGUUUCAAUCCAAUGACGUUUUCGUCGAAUUUUGAUGUUAAAUCUACUUUUCGUAGCAGAAUACAUUUUCAGUUGUCCGUCUGACAAGUAAAAAUGUUUAGCUCUUUCUAUGGAACCAUUGUUAGCACAAAAUUCCGUAUAUAGAUAUUUUAGGCCAUUUGGACCUUUUUCAUUCAUUUAUCUUAUGCGUCGACAUCACCAUACUUAUUCGUUUUUUUGUGUGAUAUAGAGCAGUCGAGUGAAUCUUUUGUUCUUUUCUGUAUCUUUUAAGAAAAAUCUGUCCAUUUUUCUCUCAAAUAUCGUCGAUAGCAGUAAACAGAUAAUACAUGCGUCUGUUCUUGUCCAAAAUAUUUCAUUUGUUACUUUUAAAUUCUUCGUAUCUAUAAAAGAAGAUUAAUUUUCCAAAUCAGACUAUAAGCAACAUUUAUUCGAUUAUAUACAUCGCUUUCUCUUUCUUUAAACUACUAAACUGCCAUGUACACAAUAGCAAUUUUAUUGUUGGCUAUUACUGCUUGUUAUGCAGGUAAAGUUACAUACACGACAUAUUUUCAGUAAAAAUUGAUAGUUAGAAUUAUUUUGUUUAGCUGAAUUUGAUGGUACUACGUGCUAUCGACUGACAAAUAGCUUUCAAGAUCGUGAGAAAGCCUUGGAUAUUGCUGCUUAUUCGAACAAAGCGACAAUGGUAUUUACACGUGACUACUCAAAACAAUGUUGGUAUAUCACAUCACUUGGAGACGACUAUUAUCGAUUGACAAACAAAUACAAAGGCGAAGGCAAAUCGCUUACGUACAUGCCAUCAAGUCUCACUAUUGAAUUUGCACCGACAUCCGAUGAAGCAGGUCAAUAUUGGAAAUUGUUGAAAUCCACCGAUGACACAUACACGUAUCGUCUCACAAAUAAAUUGAAUGAUGGGCAAAUGUGGGUAGACAUUGUCAAUACUGGCACGGCUUCAUCAUCCAGUGAUCUCACCAUGACAGAAUGGGGUCCGUACUCAGGACAAUUUUGGAAAAUCGAGUCCUUUACCUGCGGUGAUUAUUGCAAUUGA